UGCAUUGUGGGAUGCUGGAGGACCAACAACGGAGCAAGAAAAAAAUUAGCGCCCGGGCGGAGUAGCUUAGUUUAGGCCGCUUCAAAACUGUAGAUAUGGCGGAGGUGGACAAACAGGACGAAGAAUUUCUUCAUGUGCGUUUGCGGGAAGGUCGAAAGGAAAAUGGCUAUAUUUUUGGUUUUUUCGAGGGCGAUCUCAGAGAGUUUCUGGAGGAAUACAUGUCUUUGAAUUUAAGCUGCUUUAUUCUGUCAGAACGCCAUAGCAAGGAGGAUAACCACAAGCGUUAUUCACCGACGGCACCGCCGGUCUGGGAGGACAAGAGGGGAAAUGUUCCCAUCUAUUUUGAAGGUCGCCCUUUUCGGAUUCUUGGGUUGCAGACAUGGCAUUGUUUGCAUGGACCUCUCAAAGACGCACGCGGUGGUAGCAAACCCAAGGAAGCCGGAGAGCGUGACUACAAUGUGAAGAAGCGGUUGAGGAAACAAGGAAGUAGGAAAUUGGAGUGCCCGGCCCAGAUUCAAAUCCGUGACGCGAUGGUGUUUGAGGACUAUGGAGUAGAUGUCUCGAGUUGCAAAACGGAACACAGUAUACGACUGGCAAAGGAAAAAAUGGCCAAGAAAUUAAAACAAGAUUUACAGAAUGGAGUACAAGGGCAAACAACCAUACGUCAUUACAUUCGCAUUCCACUAUCCUCUAUCCACAAAGGGCAUCCCGUUGGCAAGACUGCAGGCAUGAAUCAGCAUACAGAAAGUAGCGAACAGGACCCCCAAAAGAAAGCUGCGGGGAAAAAGGAGGAAGAAAAAGUGAUUUUGAUGCUACAAGGAGUGCUCCGGGAAAAAGUCAAGUGCAUAUCUGAUUUGACAUAUCUUGUUCAAAAUGUUAGUGUCCUUCAAAAUGCUCUUGGUUCACUGGAAAAUGUUGUCAAAGCUAUGGAUGAUGCUCGUAUUAAACAAGAAGGGCUCCCAGUUUGUCAAAGCCGAAUUAAGCGGAAGCUGAAACUCCAAACUGUUGAAUACCACAAAGUUUUCCAUUCUAAGUUACCCCAUCGCAAGCGAUUCAGAAAGCAAAAGGGAUCAAGGGAAACAUUAGAAGCUGCAACCGAGGACUUUGAGCCGACAGUGAAGCAUCACAGAUCAGAAGUGCCCGAUGUCUUCAGGGCUGUUAACUCUGACAAUAAAAUUGUGAAAGAUCUAGAAUGUUCAGGGGAUCAAGAAGAUGUGAUAGAAGUCACUGGGAAUCCUGAUACACUAGGUCCCAGUCAUGUUACUAAGGUAGCAUUUCGGGACUUGAGAAGCUGAUCAGCUUCAUCAAGUCUGAUUUUCAGCACUGCAAGUUGACUAUCUUUAGCAGAGAGGGCUUCUGUCAGGUCAUCAACCCGUGACUGAAGUUCCCGUAACGCCCGGUCUGUUUUAGACUGAUCUGAGUUCCAUUUGUCUGUACGUAGACGAGCUUGGUUCAGUUCUAGAGGAGGGAACCAAAUUAAACCAGUACAGUGGGAACUGUAGACAACCAUCUUUCAUGUUACACAUUCACUGAGCACAUCUACCUUCCUGCAGGUCUUUUGCUCUCUGUAUGACCGAAGUCAUCUCCUGAUUGAGGG